AUGACAAGUCAGCGCUUUGUUCGUCGUAUUUAUGAACUUUUCGUCCAGAAGUCGCUCGUGGACGACAUGGAUGUGGAAAUCAUAGAAGAUGCUCUUCUAAGUUCUCAGCAUCGAGCAUUUGCUCCUUUCAAGUUUAUUGUACUUCUGUCAGUGGUAACUACAGCAGCCGGUGGCGUUUUCGGUAUCUCAUAUCAGUUCCUGGUGCUCUUAAUAUCUCCAGCAUUUCUUAUUGCUAUCUUGAAUGUUAGGGAUUACUUGUGCUACUCACUUGUAUCUUUGUAUGUUAGCGCGUCGUGUAGCUUCGACGCAGCUUUUCACUGUAUUGUUGCAGCGGUCAGAUCCCGGGAAAUUGCCUUCUUUGGGUAA